AUGAGGCGGUGUGCAGUGCAGUCUAAGAGAAGGAAGUUAGACGACCAAGGUUCACAGUCAGCAACGUAUCUGCAAGGAAACCAUGUAGAGGAUGAAGCUCGUCCUGUUGGUGUUAAAUCAUCAAAGGCGAAAGGGAAAAAGUCAGUGAGCAAGCAAGCGACUUUGGAAGAGGAAGAGAAGGAGAGGAAGGAGUUACAGAACGUGUGGGAGCUACGGCAAAAGGACUUUGCUUUUAAGGAUAUGCUCAACAAGCAAACAUUGCUUGACAGCCUCAUUGCCAAGACAGAGCCCUUAAGCGAACUUGAACUAGCUUUGAAAAAUAAGCUUAUUAGUGACAUGUCGGGUAUUUAG